GGCCUGUGUAGUAGAAAAGUUGACUAUGUGGCUUUUAAAAUAAUUGUGUGUGUGUGUGUGUGUUAAAGGACUUGAUUCAACGCUUUAGAAAUGAAGGGGGAAUCUCACUUACUGGAAAUUAAAGUGUUAAUUCAAGACCUGGUGAAGAAAGACACCUCAUCAAACGUACCUGAGAUCAUUGACAAACUGUUCAGUGAGAUAGAACGUGUGGAUAACGAGGCUGGGAAUGAGAUUCAGGAGGCUCAGAAUGAGAUUCAAGAGGCUCAGAUGGAAGAAAGUGCAAUAAGCCUAUGGAAUUGGGCUGUGACUAACCGAGUAGAUUCAGUCAUCAAUGAUGAGCAAAGAGCUAAAUUGCGCCAUGUUUCUUGCAGGCUAGUGUGCCUGUGUGAAGGCAGCGAUCCUCCAGAGGAGAAGGUGCGAAGACAGGUUUUGAUGACCAUGAAGACUGGAAAAGGGUGGGUGGAUGUUGGAAAAGCUGCCCUUGCUGAUGGAUUUCUUGUGAUUGCCGUAAAUAGUCUAGAAAAACUAUAUGCCCAAUUAAUGAAGAGGAGCAGUGGUGAGGCAGAUAUUCAGGUGCACAAAGCUGAUGUAGAGAAGGACCUAUUCAAAGUGCUGUCUUAUCAGGCUGAAUCAGCAGUUGUUCAAGGGUGUUUUCAGAAAGCAGUGACAUGUUUGCAACGCUGCAAAGAUAUGUUGACAAGGCUGCCAAAACAGACCUGUUAUCUAUCAAUCCUCUGCUAUAACUUUGGAGUGGAAACCUAUGAACAGAAGGGGUAUGAACAGAGCUCCUUCUGGCUCAGCCAGAGCUAUGAGAUUGGGAAAAUGGAUAAGAAGUAUUCUCCCGGGGAAGAAAUGCAGGCUAAAGUGCUGCGGUUGUUAGCCACUGUCUAUUUGGAGUGGGAUUGCAAACAGUAUCAAGACAAGGCUCUCAGAGCUAUAAGCCUGGCUAAUGAGGAGAAUAUGCAUCCAGCUGGGUUUUUCUUGAAAAUUAAAAUCCUUCUGAAAAGUGCAGCAUCUGAUGAAGGCAUCAGGACAGCUAUUGCUGAACUUCUGCAUCAUGAGGUGUCACUAGAUUUCUGUUUGAACACUGCUAAGCUGCUUCUGGAACAUGAGAGGGAAUUGGUUGGUUUUGAUUUUCUGAAGUCCAUCUCUGGGCGGUUUGCGUCCUCACCUGACCUCGGAAAAAUCAUCUUACUCCACAUCGAGUUUCUGUUACAAAGGAUGAAGGAGCCGCUUGCCAAGCAAAAAAUUGAAGAUGUCAUUACAGGUCACUAUACAGGAAAACAGCUGUCACCUGAAACACUGAACCGGCUGCACAUCAUUCUGUGGGACAGAGCUGCCAAGAGCUAUGAGGCAAAAAACUACUCUGAAGCCCUUCAGUGGUAUAACUAUUCUCUCAGCUUCUAUUCAUCUGGGCAGAUAGAUCAGAACUUGGCUAAGUUGCAGAGGAAUAUGGCUUCCUGCUACUUUCAUCUGAAACAACUUGAAAAAGCAAAAGAGGCAGUGAAGGAAGCAGAGAGGUGUGAUCCUAGCAGCAUCUUCACUCAGUUCAGUGUGUAUAAGGUUGCGGUCUUGGAGGGUAACACUGAAAAAGCUGUGGAAGCAAUUGUUGCAAUGGGGAAGUUAGCAGCAAAGCCAGCUCAGCAUGAAGAUAAGCUACUAGCAGAUGGAAGUGCAGCUACCAGCCUUCUGAGUUUAGCUGCCCAGAUUGCUUUAGAGAAUGAACAACAGGCUGUGGCUAUCAAAGCUUUGGAGUAUUUAUCUCAGCACUCACAAGAUUGUCAACAAGUGUUUACAGCUUUAAAGUGUUUGGUUCGCCUUGUGUUGUCAAAAGUCAUGGCAGAACCCAAAGAGAAUAGGACUAAAGAUAUGGACACACUUGUGACUUACUUGACCUCAGCACAUCGGAGACUUGCUGAGUCUUUUACGGAAGGGAGUAUGACACUGGAUAUGAGGACCCAUGAGGCUCACUGGUUUAGAAAAAUAGCCUGGAACUUGGCUGUACAGUUCGAGAACUGCCCAGGAACAAUGAGGGAUUUCUUUAUACUGUCGUUCAAGUUGUCCCAGUUUUGUCCUUCUGAUAAAGCUGUUCUGAUUGCCCAGAAGACAUGCUUGCUGUUGGCUGCAGCAGUUGAUCUGGAAAUGGGACGAUGCAGUUUAACAUUCACUGACCAGAUUGAGCUUCUGUCUCAGGCCCUUCAUCAUAUCCAGGCAUGCAGGGAAAUCUGGAAUGUUCUGAAGCUAACAGGAGAUUUCUCCAAAGACCCAACAGACACAUUGCUGCUGCUUUAUGAAUUUGAAGCAAGAGCCAAACUCAAUGAUCCAGAACUGGAAACCCUGCUGGAAUUGGUGUGGGAACUGCCACAAAUAGAGACUAAGACGCUGGAAACCAUUGCUUCAUUAGCGAUGGAGUCUCCUGCUCAUUAUCCCUCUGUGUGUAAGAGGGCCCUCAAGAGCGCUCUGACCCUUCAUAGGAAACAGGAAGCCAUUGAUGCUGUGAGAGUCAGCAAAUGUCUGCACAGCUUGGUUCACCUUUCUCUGCCAACUGGAGUGAUAGACACAGAUGCUUGUGUACUGGAGGAGGUGUGGGGCUACUUUGAAGAUGCUCUGAGCAUUGUAAGCACCACAGAUGAUUACCCAGAGGUGGAGACCCUUUGGCUGAUGACCAGAGCCUGGAAUACAGGAAUAUUUCAGUACAGUGUCGGUAAAUACAAGGAGGCUGAGCGCUGGUGUGGGCUGGGUAUGCGCUUUCUGAAUCACCUGAGAUCCCUGAAGAGCAGCUAUGAAAGCCAGAUGAUUGGUCUUUACAGCGAGGUGCUGGAUAAGUUGGACAGAGCAAAGGGGUUCCUUCCAAAUGAAGAAUAA